UUGGCCAUUUUAUAAUAUUUGACAAUGUUACCGUGGUUGAUAGUGGAAUUUAUAUGUGUACGGCAAGGAAUGAAAUGGGAUCUGAUAUCAAAGUUGUUCAUAUCAUUGUAAAAGCUAAAUCCCAUGUACUUCAUACUGCGCCGGUUAUUUACGCAUUGACCUCAGUAAAAGUGGACUACUAUACUAGUACAAUGCUGUUUUGUAACGUUACUGGAUUUCCGUUGCCGUCCAUUACUUGGAUAUAUAAAAAUAAAGUGAUACAAUCAUCUGGAAACAGUUUAGCCGUACAGAAUGUGACAAAUUCAACAGUAGGGUAUUACACUUGCACGGCAAGUAACGAUGUUGGAACCAACCAAGUUAGAAUAUUACUCGAAGCAAGUUAUGAUACACCUCAUAUUGUAACGCCGCCAACAACAGCUGUUAUUGUGCUAGGAUUCUCACACAACUUUACCUGUAUUGCCACUGGACAUCCAAAACCGUCUAUAGCAUGGUCCUUCAAGUCAUUUGCACAGGAGUCCAUGACGAUGCCUUCUCAUCACAUUUACAACCAAGGACAUAUGUUGAAUUUGUUUGCUCUCAAAACACUUGAAUCAGGAACACUAACGUGUACAGCUUUGAACGAAUUUGGACGUGAUAAAGCUACUGCCACAGUCAUUUUCAGAAAUCCUAGCACUACAAGUUUUGGGUAAACACGACGACCACUUGAUAAUUAUAGAAAAAAACAUUCAUGAUUCGUGUUUUGAGACAAGUAAUUACAAAGUGAAUUUGUUUUCUUGAUGAUAUUAUAAUCUGCAAUCAAAUAUACAUCAAACAAUAACAACCGGUAAAACGGAUUGUAUGAAGGAACAGAUUAGAAGUAUAUAAUUAUAUAACAAUAAUUGCUAAUGAAACAUGUGUACAUGUUUAACAUCAACAAUC